GUUUCAUAUUUCAAGAAUAACAUUAUAGUUUGUUCAUCCACAGGGGCACAGGGCCAUCAGAUCUCAGUAUAAUAUAUCUUGAUUUUCUUCACUGCCGCUUCUCCCCCUUCAUCUUCAGAUCUUUUCAACACAAGGUUGUGGGUUUUCAGCAUUCUUGAAAUAUAACAUUUCACCAGAAAUAGUUUUGACUGGGAUUUUAGAUGUCACUCCGCCCCGAGUAAAUAGCCCCAAUUUACCCAAAGCUUAAACCUUUGAAUAUGGAUAAAGAUGUUUUAAAUUCCGUAUCUUAUAGAGCAAGCCGCAGAGCUGACCGUAAUAACCAGAGCCAUCACACAAAAGAUUCAGGAAGGGUAUCUCCAGAUUAUCCAUUGAAGAUUUUAUGGACAAGGGGAUUCAUUCGGUUGGUUCUUGUUGGGGGAAUAAUCUGGAUGUUUCUCAUACUCGUUGUAUUAUUGUUCCAUGUCUGGUCUUGCCAGUCUUCAUUUGCAUUUUUUUCAGCUCUUUGUAACAAGGAUAGCAAAGUAUUUGGCAUGUUGAAUACAAUGGGACUUGUACAACCACCACAUCGUUGUCCUAUUCCGGUUGCCAACGACCCCAAUAAAGUAGUUAUUCCAGAUAGGAGAACUCCUCCGAAAUUUGUUCAACGACUGUCAUAUAUUAUGGAGGACGAUGGAGCUAAAAAUGGAUCUCAGUCACCUCCGCUUUUUGGAGGGCAUCAAAGCUGGGUACAAAGAGAGGAGAGUUUUAAACUGAAGUCCACAAUGAAGGUGCAUUGUGGUUUUAUUAAAAAUGGUGGUGCAGAAAUGUUGCGAAAGGAUAUAGAUUAUGUCAAGAACUGUAAGUUUGUGGUUGCAUCUGGCAUUUUUGAUGGAUACGAUGCACCUCAUCAGCCAUCCAAUAUAAGUGAACGUUCACAGAAGCUGUUCUGUUUUCUAAUGGUGGUGGAUGAAGUGUCCCUUAAAUUCAUUAAGAAAAAUACUAGUGUCAGACUCGAUAGUGAGGAUGGAGAAUGGGUUGGCAUUUGGCGUCUCGUCUUGGUAAAACAUCCUCCCUAUGAUGAACCCCGAAGAAACGGAAAAGUUCCAAAGAUACUCACUCAUAGGUUAUUUCCUCAAGCACAGUACAGCAUCUGGAUUGAUGGUAAAAUGGAGCUAAUUGUUGAUCCAUUGCUCAUGCUGGAAAGAUAUUUGUGGCGUGGGAAGCACACAUUUGCAAUUGCCCAGCAUAAACAUCACCGAGAUGUAUACGAGGAGGCUGAUGCAAAUAAACGUAGAAAGCGAUAUGCACGGCCUCUUAUUGAUCUCCAGAUGAAAAUAUAUCGUUAUGAGGGGAUGGAACCAUGGAAUCCGGGAAAAAGUACAGUUAGCGAUGUUCCAGAAGGAGCUAUCAUCCUACGAGAACAUACUGCACUAAAUAAUUUGUUUAGUUGCUUGUGGUUCAAUGAGGUGAAUCUUUUCACUCCAAGAGAUCAGCUAAGUUUUGGCUAUGUCGUUUACAGGUUAAAGGGUCUUUUUAAGUUUUUUAUGUUUCCGAACUGCGAGUACAACUCAAUAUUCAUAUUGCACCCGCACAAUCGUGAACAUUCAUCUCCAAUAGAGUGGGUGAAAUCUAUAAAGGAGCUUAAGGGAAGUAAUAAUACUCUGAAUGAGAGUAGGGGUGGAUUGGGGUUGUGGACUCCAUAUCCUGGGAAUCUUGAUUUGGUUGUACUACCACCUGUAGCGAGGACAUCGAAAGCAGGAUGAGUUUAGCAUAUUCUUUUAAGGGCGGUAUGAAAUUUCCACUGGUAUAUCAUAGUGCCGUUUUAAAACUUAAUUAGAGUUUCUAAAGUACAGUCGAGUUUUAUUUUAUUUUUGACAAGUUAGUAGUAGAUAUCUGAUAUGUUGUAUACAGAGCAUGCAGUUCCCAUUUUCUGUUACGAUGGAAACCAAUAUGAGCAAUUUGGUUUGUGUAGCUUAUAAACCAUUUGCAAAGGAUCAACUAAAUUGUCAGUCCUUUGUCAAAUUUUGGCUCAGGACUUGGAUCAAAA